GCGCGUCAUAGAAAGCCAGGGAACCUACAGACGGCGACCGGGCUGCGGAGGUGGGUCGGGAGCGCGGUGCAGGGCCCGGAAGAUAUCCGGGCCGCUGGCGCUUGUCGCUGCCCGCCCCUUCCGGCUCCUCCCUGAGGUGCGUAGAACGCUGGAGCCGAGGCGCUCGGAGCCCAUCGCGGCGAGGACCAUGUUGCUUCCGAACAUCCUGCUCACGGGUACACCUGGGGUUGGAAAAACCACACUAGGCAAAGAACUUGCUUCAAGAUCAGGACUGAAAUACAUUAAUGUGGGUGAUUUAGCUAAAGAAGGGCAGUUGUAUGAUGGCUAUGAUGAAGAGUAUGAUUGUCCCAUGUUAGAUGAAGAUAGAGUAGUUGAUGAGUUAGAUAACCAAAUGACAGAAGGUGGCGUUAUUGUUGACUACCAUGGUUGUGAUUUCUUCCCUGAACGCUGGUUUCAUGCUGUUUUUGUGCUGCGAACAAAUACCAAUGAAUUGUACAAAAGACUUGAAACAAGGGGUUACAAUGAGAAGAAAUUAAAAGACAAUAUUGAGUGUGAGAUUUUUCAAGUUCUUUAUGAAGAAGCCGCAGCAUCCUAUAAGGAAGAAAUCGUGCAUCAGCUGCCCAGCAAUAACCCAGAAGAGCUAGAAAGUAAUAUAAAUCAGAUCUUGAAAUGGAUUGAGCAGUGGGUGAAAGUUCAUAACGCUUGACUGACAAGACUAGCCACUUUAAAAUCACUCUUACUGAUAUCUCUGCCAACAUCAUAGAAAUUGUCCAUAUAUCAGUAUUGCUAUUAAAAUUGUGUUACAGGACUAGCAGGUGGAUAGUUUAAAGCUUUAUGCCUGGGUUUCUUUUUCUCUAUGAGAAAGCUAAAUAUCUGAAAUGUAAUGAAUAUAACAUUAUCAGGGAGUCAGAGUAAAAAUUAUUAUCUUUUAAAGCUUCAAUUGCUAAAAAAUAAAUAAAUAUGACCAAAUGGGUAGGUAUCUUUUCAGUUUAUUACAGAAGAAAAUAGAGAUGAUCUCUUAAAAUAAAACUAAAAACUAAAGAUAAAGCA